AUGGAAGUGAGGAGAAUGGGCGACUGGGUUGCUGAUCUGGAUCAUUUUCAGCGGCUCAAGACUCUAACCAUCAAGCGCUGCAGUGAUAUCACGUCUCUGCCCCUGACUCUUCCCCACCUGCCUGCGCUCACCGAACUCAACCUGCACAUGGGAGAAAUCGCAGUGCUGUCCGAAGAAUUCGGGCAGUUGUCAGUGCUUCGGUCACUCGUGCUGGAUAUGAGGAGCCUCACAGCCUUACCCGAAUCCAUCGCCCUGAUUACAACUCUUCAAGAGCUUUCGCUUCAUCAUCUUCGGAAUCUGACAUAUCUGCCCCAGGAGUUUGGGCAGCUGGUUUCUUUGGAGAAGCUUUUCACGAAAGACCUUCAGCUGCUCACACAUCUGCCCAAGUCAUUCGGGCAGUUUAAAGCUCUCCGUGAGCUGAGAUUUCUGGAAUGUAGUCAGUUGCAGCAGCUCCCGAACUCCAUAUCCCAACUGUCUUCUCUCGAGCUCCUGGAAUUCAGCAAUUGCCCGCUCCUCAUGGGGCUGCCAGUCGACAUGGGAAACGGCAUGCGCUCCUUGCGCCAUGUGCUGCUACUAGACUGCCCAGCUCUCACCCGCCUCCCUCCAUCCUUCUCUAGCCUCACGUCUCUAGAAACCCUCAAGAUUUUAAACGCGAAACGCUUCAGAGGCCCACUGCUAGAUGGCUUUGGCAGCUUGAAACGCCUCAAGGAGCUGUCACUCGACCCCCUGCCACGCCUAUCCGCCCUUCCGGCUUCCUUCUACGGCGCCCAUGCCCCCACCCGCCUCGAAGUCGGCAAUUGCCCUUAUGUGACGGUCCUGCCAGAGGAAAUCGGACGGCUGAGGGCGCUCGAGGAGGUCAGGAUCUUUGCGAUGGACGCUCUGAGAUGCCUCCCUUCGUCGCUUCUUGAGCUGCCUUGUCUGCAAUCGCUGGACGUGCGGGCGUGCGGUGCGCUGCGUGCAGUGCUGGGGGAUGAGGAGGUGUACAUACGUACUGCCAGAGGCUUUAUGAUCAGCACGAGCAGCAGCCGCGCAUUGCUUCCUUCCCUUGAGAGCCUCACGAUGAAGGAGCUUAGUGUUGAGUCCUUUGGUCCAUCCCUCGAUCGUCUCUCCGCUUUGACGCAACUGAAGCUCAUGGAAAUGGACAGACUCGAUUUCCUCCCUGACUCCAUCUCUCGCCUCUCGCAACUGCAAAGGCUCAAGGUUCAUUCAGCACUACCCGAGACCUUUGGGGGGCUUGCAGGGCUGCGUGUGCUGCAGCUGGUCUACCUCUACUCAGUGCGCCAGCUGCCCGAGUCUCUCGGGCAGUUGAAGAAGCUCGAGACACUGGAUAUUAUUGAAUGCUUCGAACUGAGGCAGCUUCCAAAGUCAUUCGUGAAUCUACCCAAGCUGCAAUCCUGCUCUCUUGUCAAGGUUGGGAUUUUAACCAUUCCCGAUGACAUCUGGAAGCUUUCUUCCCUCAAGAAGUUGCUGAUCCUGGGACUGACGUGGGUGCAAAGCUUGCCAGAUUCGUUCACUCGGCUGCCUAAGCUUGCGGAGCUGGAGGUGUGCGCGUGCAAGGAGCUGGUGCCGAGCCACGAGAGGGGUACCUGCAAGGAGAGAGGGGGGAGAGGGAGAGGAGGGGGGGGGGGAGAGGUGGGGGAGGGAGAGGAGGGGGAGGGAGAGGAGGGGGGGGGAGAGGUGGGGGAGGAAGGGGAGUUUGAAGAGGAAGAGGGGGAGAAGGGAGGUGAUGUGGCGGUGGAAAUGGAAGAGGCGGACGGGGAGGAGAUGGAGGAAGAGGAGAGUGGUAGUGAUGAUGAGGAUAUUGAUCAUGAACUUGGCUUGGACAGUGACUUUGAUGACUACAGUGAAGGCUGGGGGGAGAGUUGUUAUGAUGACGAUGAGUAG